AUGGAGACGUACUACGGGCACGUCCGCACACCGGCGGACGCUAUCAUUCUUUUCGAGGCGUGUCGCAUCGGCCUACUGCCUCGUGUGCAACGACGACUUUCUGAGAAAGAGCGACAGUCCAUCCGCUCGGGCUCAGUAUUCGUCUGGGAUGAGCGGGAAGCGGGCAUGCGACGAUGGACCGACGGAAAGUCAUGGAGCGCUAGCCGGGUCUCUGGCAGCUUUUUGACAUAUCGGGAGAUGGAGGGCAAACGCGGAGGCGGCAGUGUUUCACAAAGCUCAGUAUCAAGAGCCGGCAAGACGCCCGAAAGCACACGAGGAAGCGACGAAGACCGGGGUGACGGCACCGAUGAGGGCCCUGAUGGCUAUCGAUAUAAACCCGACGGCUUGAUGAAGCAAUCCUUCAGCAUCACGACCUCCACCGGCCAGCACCUCCACCUUAUCAGCUACUACUCCCGUUCGCACCCUUCUGCCGCCAAUCUUCAACAACCUACAACGGAUCCUGCCCUGCGACAUGUACGACCUCAGAAGGGUCUGUACCCUGAGUCCACAGUCAACGACCAACAGAACCUCCCUGUCGUCACCCGCGGGCCCAUGGCUGGCGCGACAGCAUACCCCAUUACACCUCAUCCGAUGGGCAGCUACGCGCGCACCACACACGCUCCGAACUUCACACCUCCAUCAUAUGCCUGGCCUCCAACUCCACUUGCAACCCCGCCAACUGUUGCCGUGCCUCCGCCCUUCACCAUAUGCGCAGGCGCAACACCAACCUCCUCAACACCUUCAAGGGCCUCCGCCGCCGCCUCACUCCCUCCCUCCUCCCCCCCUCCUCACUCCAUGCACGGCCCGUAUGAUCGACCCGCACACCCCGAUUCUACCGCUCCUCCGUCUGCUCUGCCGCCAGGAUAUCCCGGUCGGUCGCCGCGCAGUACGCACGAGGUUCCCCUCCAACAACGGAGCCCACGGUACGCAGCUGGUCCCGAUCCUCGCCUGGUUUCGCCGCGGGUUCUAGCGGGCGCAAUUCCACAGCCCAGCAGCAUCGCCCAAAGCCCUCAUAUACUAAAGCAGACUCCGCCGACUGCACCUCAACAAUUGGGCCCCAUCAGCACACCUCCCAAGCCCAUCGAGGCCAACGGAGUCCCUGGCAUCGGUGCACUGGUCAGCGGUACCUCGCUUGCUCCCAUAUCCGCCAUGUCAGCUCCCAGUGGUGGUCCUGGCAGCCCGCCUAGUGUUCCGAGUUCUCGCCCAGGUAUUGGCGAUGGUCCUCGUGAUAUCCCGAACGAGAAGCUUGGUUUCGGCGACGGCCCUGGAAGAGAGGAUAUUCGCCUCCUUCGCCAGCUGGACCGGGUAUUCACCGCAUAA